GCAAAUUAAUUUGUUUCAGUUUUGUACGAAUUAGAUAAAUAAAGAGGCACGCUAUAAGUAAGUGUAAAUAACAAAGAACUGUCUGAAGUAAUACGACACUGGUUAUAAACGAGGUAUUUAUUAGCAGCCGUCAAUAAACAGUACAGUUCGAACAACGACAGAGAGAUCUCGCGACAUCUACGUGAUACUAACAUUUAUAUGGAUGGGUACGCAACAAGAAAUGUGUGUUUCAAGACAAUACUUAUUGUGGAUAGUUUAGUAAUACAUUAAAAGUGGUUCAUAUUCUAAGAAUUAAGUUUCAAAAUGGUCCACAAUAAUAUAACGAUAGGCCUUGACCACGUGUUGAGAGAUUUGAAUGGGGAAGAUGUGCUGCCUGAGAAGGAGGGAGAGGAGCGCAAAGGUAACGUGACGUACGGCAUCGAUGACACGCCACCAUGGUACCUCUGCAUUUUCAUGGCACUGCAGCAUUACCUGACGAUGAUCGGAGCGAUUGUUGCGAUUCCAUUCAUCCUGUGCCCAGCGCUAUGCAUGGAGGAGACUGACCCUGACCGCUCUAACAUCAUCUCCACUAUGAUAUUUGUUACUGGUUUAAUAACAUGGCUACAAUGCACAUUCGGAUGUCGGCUGCCUAUAGUCCAAGGUGGUACGAUAUCCUUCCUGGUACCGACGCUGGCCAUCCUGGGGCUGCCGGCGUGGCGCUGCCCGGAGCCGCACCAAUUGGAAGCCAUGACAGAACUGGAGAGAAGACACGUCUGGACCACUCGGAUGUGUGAACUUUCUGGCGCUAUCGCCGUUUCCGCGCUGUUUCAACUGUUUUGUGGUUAUUUUGGCAUUAUCGGAUCGUUGCUGCGAUUCGUGACGCCGUUGACGAUAGCGCCCACGGUGGCGCUAGUGGGCCUCACUCUGUUCGACCACGCCGCUGAGGCCGCCGCCCAGCAGUGGGGCAUCGCCGCAGGGACGUUCACACUGCUGACGAUAUUCUCACAAUGCAUGACCGACGUCAAGAUACCUACACUAUCCUACAAGCGCGGCUCCGGACUCAGCGUCAUAUGGUUCCCACUGUUUAAAUUGUUCCCAGUGUUGCUGACGAUAGUACUGAUGUGGUCGGUGUGCGGAGUGCUGACAGCCACGGACGUGUUCCCGGCGGGACAUCCCGCGCGCACAGACCUCAAACUCAACAUCAUACGAGACGCGCCAUGGUUCAGGAUACCAUAUCCAGGUCAGUGGGGUCGCCCGACAGUGAGUGUGGCUGGCGUGCUGGGCAUGUUGGCGGGCGUGUUGGCCUGCACUGUGGAGUCUAUCAGCUACUACCCCACCACCGCCAGGAUGUGCGCGGCUCCUCCGCCUCCCCUGCACGCCAUCAACCGCGGGCUGGGCACAGAGGGGCUGGGCACCAUGCUGGCGGGGCUCUGGGGCUCCGGGAACGGUACCAACACCUUCGGCGAAAACGUCGGCGCUAUCGGAGUUACUAAAGUAGGUUCGCGACGCGUGGUCCAGUGGGCGGCGGCACUGAUGGUGUUGCAGGGUCUAGUGGGCAAACUGUGCGCCGUCUUCAUUAUCAUUCCGCAGCCAGUCGUCGGCGGCCUCUUCUGUGUCAUGUUCGGCAUGAUCUCCGCUUUUGGUCUAUCGGCACUGCAGUACGUGGACCUGAACAGCUCUCGCAACCUGUACAUCAUCGGAUUCAGCCUGUUCUUCCCGCUAGUGUUGACGCGCUGGAUGUCAGCUCACAGCGGCAUCAUUGACACUGGCGUGGAGGCGCUGGACGCGGUGCUGCAAGUGCUGCUGUCCACUUCUAUCCUAGUUGGCGGGAUUGUUGGCUGUCUACUUGAUAAUCUGAUACCUGGUACGGAAGAAGAGCGCGGGCUGAAGGCCUGGGCCAAGGAGAUGUCGCUGGAGGCUGCGGGCGCCAGCGAGCUCGGCGACACUUACGACUUCCCCGUCGGCAUGUCGCUCGUGCGCAGAUGGAAAUGGACAUCAUAUUUACCGUUCAUGCCGACAUACGAGGCGGGUAAGUUCACAGCGCUGUUCACACGGAAGAAAGACAGCUGAUACAACAAUAUUACUUUAGUAUUAGAACUCAGUUACAAAAAUAAUGUGGAUAUUAAGAUAAUUAAGUUUAUUUUGUAAAAAAGCUUGUUUCAAAUGUACACAGUAUAUCAAAUGUAUAGAAUAAAUGGC